GCCGUUGGGAGGAAAGGCGCCAUCUUGGGCCCUGUGCGAGCCGGGAGCUGAGAGGCGGGAGCUGAGAGGCGGCGGCUGGAGGACUCGGCGGGCCCUAGCGACGAGCGCCGUGUGGGGGGCUUUGCCCCGCCGGCCGCUCUCGGCAAGGAGGGCGGGGUUCGGCGGGCUGCCAUGGAGAACGAGUACUACGGCGGGGAGCAGUCAGAUGAUGGCGGAGCUACUCCAGUGCAAGAUGAACGAGAUUCAGGAUCUGAUGUUGAAGAUGAAGGAAAUGAGCAGCAUUCUGGAUCUGAGAAUGGAAGUGUAGUAGGGCACCAUUCAGAGAAUGAACACAGUGAUGGAGAAGAUGAUGGGCAAAUGGGAGAGGCUCAUGAGACAGACUCUGAAAACGAAGAUAUCCCAAGGCAAAAAGAGAGUGACUCGGAUAACGAGGAGCCUCCAAAUCGCAAUGCGAGUGAUUCGGACAAUGAAGCAGCUCACGGAGGGAAAGACAGUGAUUCUGAUACUGAGGACCGUCCAAAUCGGCAUUUAAGUGACUCUGAAAAUGAAGAUGCUUUAAAUCAUCGAGCAAGUGACUCUGAAAAUGGAGAACCUCCCAGGGAUCACAGUAGUGAUUUUGAAAACGAGGAAUCACACAAGCAGCCAGCCAGUGACUCGGAAAGUGAAUUGCUCCACAAGCAGCCAGCCAGUGACUCAGAAAGUGAAUUGCUCCACAAGCAGCCAGCCAGUGACUCGGAAAGUGAAUUGCUUCACAAGCAGCCAGCCAGUGACUCUGAGAGCGAGGAACUCCACAAGCAGCCAGCCAGUGACUCAGAGAGCGAGGAGGUUUCCAGACACAAGCAAGAAAUAGAGUCUGAGGAUAGUGAUGGGGAGGACAAGAAGGAGGAGGUGCAGAAUGAUUCUCAUCAUUCAGAUAAUGACCAUGUAAGGGAAGGAUUUCAGGGCUCUGACAGUGAAGAGGAAGCUCCUAAGAGAAGGAAAAUAUCGGACAGUGAUGAAGAAGAGAAAGAGGAGGAGAAGACAGUAAAGAGGAAAACAGCUAUCCUUUCUGACAGUGAGGAUGACAAUGAGAAAACACCUGCAAAAAAAGUACGAAUCCUUUCUGAUGUUGAAGAAUCGGAUAGUGAUGCUCCUUCAGAGAAAUCUGGGAACAGGAAGAAAAACAUUGUGUCAGACAGUGAGGAAGAGGAAGAAGACAGAAAAGAGAAUGCUGGGAAGAAAAAAGAGGAGAAAGAUCUGUUUGGCAGUGACAGUGAAUCUGGAAAUGAACAAGAAAACCUGAUUGCAGAUAUAUUUGGAGAAUCUGGUGACGAGGAGGAAGAGGAAUUUACGGGUUUUAACCAGGAAGAUUUAGAGGAAGAGAAAGGGGAUGCAGACAUGAAGGAGACAGCAGAUGAAUCUGACUCUGAUGACAACAUCAAACGAGGAAAGCAUAUGGACUUCAUGUCAGAUUUUGACAUGAUGCUGCAACGAAAGAAGAGUAUGAGUGGCAAGCGCAGACGAAAUCGAGAUGGUGGAACUUUUAUUAGUGAUGCAGAUGAUGUGGUCAGUGCUAUGAUUGUGAAGAUGAAUGAAGCUGCUGAGGAGGAUCGACAACUGAAUACACAAAAGAAACCAGCACUAAAGAAAUUAACUUUGCUACCAACUGUAGUUAUGCAUCUUAAAAAGCAGGAUCUCAAAGAAACUUUCAUUGAUAGUGGUGUUAUGUCUGCCAUCAAAGAGUGGCUUUCUCCUCUCCCAGACCGAAGUCUGCCAGCACUAAAGAUACGAGAGGAGCUUCUGAAGAUCCUACAAGAGUUGCCCAGUGUGAGCCAAGAGACCCUGAAGCACAGUGGCAUUGGACGAGCUGUGAUGUACCUCUACAAACACCCCAAAGAGUCAAGACCUAACAAGGAUAUGGCAGGGAAGCUGAUCAAUGAAUGGUCUCGACCCAUCUUUGGCCUUACCUCAAACUAUAAAGGCAUGACAAGAGAAGAAAGGGAGCAGAGAGACUUGGAACAGAUGCCUCAGCGAAGGAGAUUGAGCAGCUCUGGUGGUCAGACUCCUCGCAGGGACCUGGAGAAAGUGUUAACUGGAGAGGAAAAGGCUCUUAGACCUGGAGACCCUGGGUUCUGUGCCCGUGCAAGGGUGCCAAUGCCCUCCAACAAGGACUAUGUGGUCAGGCCCAAGUGGAAUGUGGAGAUGGAAUCCUCCAGGCCCGGGACUAUUAAGAGAGGUAUUAGUCGCUUGGAAAAACACAAGAGACGGUUUGCUGAACAGAAACGACUCAGCAAAGUGCAUCGGGCCAUCAAGUUCAGCAUUGAAGGCAACAGGAUGCCCCUGUAGCCAAAACACUGCCUUCCCCAAGUUUGAGAGGUAUCCCUCAAGGGAGGUGUGGACAGUGCAUGUGCUUCAGCUGUUGGCAGUUUGCACAUACAGGAAAGGAGUGUGUGUACCCUAAAGUUGGAAAACUCUCCUCCUAUUCCCUCAUGUCUGUACUGGCACCUAAAAGGGAAGUUGUACAGGAAAAAAGUAGGCUGUGGAACAUAAUGUCUGCCAGGAUAGCUGCCUCAACAGCUUCAGGGUACCCAAAUGGCAGGUGCUAAAUGAAAACACCUGUACUCAACAAGAGCUUUGCACCACCUCUGGUUUGGAAUGCUGCUGUGACUGUUAGAUUCUCCAGCUUUACCUGAACUGCUACACAGAAAUACUUAGCCCUUAGUAUAGGGCCUUGUGUCACUGUACACCGACACCUGCAGCUGAUGUCUUACUGGUUCAAAGUAAGGAAUUUGUCACACCUGCUCUCUGAAGGAAGUGAGUGAUGUGAUACUUGAGGGGUAGUGACAGGAGGCAGAGCAUGAGACCUCUGCAGAGCAAGGGAAGCGCUGUGAAUGUGGGGUGGAGGGAGAUCAAUCCAUGCCAUUCAUCAGUGCAGGAACUGUUACGGCAGUCUCUAGUCUGUGUUUGGGUUCUGUGGGCAGGGCUGCCGCAAACCAAGAGUGACAUCAAGAGGCGAACAAAUGGCAGGUAGCUGUGGAGUUUGCCCUUGAUAUUUACUUGUUAAAAAAAAGCCAAAACUAUUUUUUUAACAAUCACUGUGAAAUUCCAGAUAGAAUUUCAACCAUAGUGAAUAGUUUUUUGAAUAAAAUCUAUUUAAAAUCAGUGUGUGAGGGAGCACCUUCCUCAGUGAUGAGAACAAGAGGUUCAAUUUCUGAUCGAUGGUUCUUUGUCAGAUACGAAGCAGCAUGUUCUGAAUAUCUCUGUUCUCCCAGACUUCAAAGGUGUGAAUUUUCCACCAUUUAUUGUUUCUGUUGUCUAGUUAGUGGAAAUUGUGUUCUAGGAAGUAAUGGCUGUGGACUGGAAGGGCCUGGCUGUUGCCUGUGGUGGUGUUUCUUUACAGAAUCACUGUAUUUAAUCUGUGAAAAGUAACUGCUGUGUCACCUUGGUUUUCAUUUGCAGUUAAGGUACAAAGAUGAAAUGCAUUAACUUCUAAUUUCUUGUAUGGUCGGCUUAGGCAUUUCUUUAGCUUCCCCCUACACUCCCUUUCCCCCAAUGAUCUCUUGCUUUGUAAUCAGUGACCUUUAAAAUAAACUGGAAUUGAUAGGUUAGCUCACUGCAUCUCGGUUACUGUGCAUUUGUGUCUGAAGACCUUGCCCCUCCAGGAAACCUGUGUGGCAUCACAGUGCAGGCUAUGUCUGACACUGGACUCCAGCCAGUACAGACACACAACUAUUCCAGGCUGUCAUACAGUUGUUAAUCCCAGUGAUGGGAAUGCUUCACUGUGUGGUGUUCAUGAGCACAGUGACUGCCAUCUAUGUACUUCAUCUGUUGGGGGAGCCAUUUUACCCUCUGUGUGGGAGAGGCCAUGGGCGUGUGUGCACACAACCAGUUGGAACUAGUGGCUUCAUCAGCCCCCUGUUGCAUGCAUCUCUCUUCUUGAACCUCUGGGGCUUCUGCUUUUCUCUUUUUUUUCAGUGGUAACUAGUUUUAUUUUUUAAGUUCCAGGGGACCUCUAAGAAAGGGGUGAGUCGGCUGGACAAACAGAUGCGGAAAUUCACAGAUAUCAGGAAAAAAAGCAGAUCGGCCCAUGCAGUGAAAAUCAGCAUUGAGGG